GAACCCAUUUGAGCUAAAAGUUGUAAACAGUACCACUAACAUCACACACUUGACACCCAUCCAACUUAUAUUUUUACUAUUAUUUGUGGUUGAAAAUAUAAACAAGGCUUAGACAAAAAAGAUAAAAUUCUGCACUCAGAAAAAAGGGUUUCAUUUUUUUAUUCACUGAGUCUGCUGCAUUCAGUGAUGGGUUAACUUUCUCAACUAUCAGUUUGCCAAAAGUUGAGAUUUUAAAAGGAAGCUUUGGGGACAAUCGUGUCGUGGGACGGAUUGAUUAACCUAAUUUCCCCUAUUUUGUAGUUCAAUUAUAUUGUCCAAUUUUGUGUACCGGAAACACUUUUUGAUAAAUUAGGGUUUUGUUUAUUUGGGGGUUUUGGAGCUAUGAUCGGAUGUUUUAUUCUGUUAGAAUGUUAUUGUACGCAAUAGUAGAUUCUGAGUGGAUUUAGGAGUUAGGUAACAGGUGUAUAUGUAUGGGAAUGGCUGCAGAGUCUUCUAAUACAGGGUUUCAUCACCAAGCUUUAUCGUUUCAAUCGGGGGCGUUGGGGAGCUCAUCGUCUGAGAUGAUUUUGAUGGGCAAUUACUACAAUAACCUCGGAAUGAAUUUCAAUGUAAAUAAUAAUGGUGGAGGAGGAGGAGGGAUGUUGUUUUCUGGGAAUCCAAGUGUGAUGACAAACAGUGGCCGGAGUAGCAACAAUAAUUCAGUAAUGGGUCAAUCUGGAGGUUGUUCGAGUUCUUUUCUUAUUGAUUCAGUGCCGGGGCUCAAGCAUGACACUGGGCUGGCGGUAGAGUGGACCCUUGAGGAACAAUACAAAUUGGAUGAAGGACUUAUCAAGUUUGCUAAUGAACCCAGUAUAAUGAAGUAUAUUAAGAUUGCAGCCGCACUCCGCGACAAAACUGUACGUGAUGUUGCAUUAAGAUGUAGGUGGAUGACGAGAAAGCGCAGAAAACAGGAAGACUACAGUUUGGGGAAGAAAGUGAAAGACAGGAAGGAUAAAUCAGCAGAAGCAUCCAUGAAAAAUGGUACAUCCUCAGCUUCGCCAUUGAGCUUCAUUCCAUAUUCACUCUCCUCAAAUCAUCGUAACCAUGGUGAAAAUAUCCCUUCGGCAGCAUUACUUGGAACAAGACAUCUACUGGAAGAAAACAAUCAGGCUCUCAAUCAAAUUUCGGCCAACCUUUCAACAGUCAAGUUGCAGGACAACAUUGAUCUCUUCAUCCGAACGAGAAAUAAUAUAAAGGCAGUUUUAAACGACAUGAGAAAUAUGCCAGGGAUUAUGAGCCAAAUGCCACCCCUCCCAGUUUUGUUGAAUGAGGAACUUGCUAGUAGUGUUUUGCCUAGUAUGACUCAGGAAUUGCCCCCUUCUAACUAUAAUGAAAUGCGACUACCUCAGCAAUUAACAAAAAUUGAUCUCUGUUUUUGCUGAAACUGUGUUUCUUCCAAACAUGUCGUAAUGCUUAUAGUUUGUUCUGUUUUUCUAGCCGAUGAUGUUUGGCUCCACAAGUGGAAUCCAGCUGAAACAAGAGCCAGGCUGCUGAUGCAGAACGCUUGGUGUUAAAUUUGGAUUACUAGCUUGUGUAGUACACCAAAUUUUUUGCUGUAAAUGCAUAAAAAGCUGGCCGGUCUUUGCAGCUUGGGUAUACGACUGGGUUCCACGGGAAGAACAUUUAUCAGAACCCGUUUUUGGAAGCUGAACAUCUGAACACGAGCACCAGGAAAUAGCAGCCUCAUGUUAUCGCAUAUCAGGGGGGAAACUGUUAUCUUGAUACUUCACUUACAAGCUUUUUUCUUCUUCUUGUUUCAGCCUUCUGUGUGUAAAUUUAGGGGAUAAAUCGAUCUUCAAAAUCAGUUCCGUGGUGCUUAAUUAACUAUUAGCUUUAUAAUGCCUUUGCGAUUCUCAUGUUGUGUUGAGUUUGUUCCACUUUAGGUGUGUAUUUCAUAGGGCAAAUAAUACUUGAUUUCCUAUUGAAUACCCUGUCUUGAUUUGGUAUGAGUAUUAAGAAGAGAAACGAGGUGUAAGAAGAAAAAAAAUUGAAGCUA